CCAUUUUGUACCGAAGCGGGUAGCUAAAGGACACAUCGGUCAUCCUCGCCGAGGGAGUGCAUUAGCCAUACUAGAAAUAUAUUAGGAUUAUUAUUAGAUUUUGCAUUUGAGCAGAACUUCUAAAGGUUUUUUAUAUAUUUGCAAAACAGUCAAUAUCCGACAAAAAUACGAUUCAGAGAAAAAAGUUGCAACAUGAAUGAAAAAAAUACCGUCCAGUUUCAUGCCUUUUUGAAAAAAGAAUUUCCAACCUCAACGGAGACCAAUCGGAAGAAAUGACGACGGCGGAGGGGUUCCGGGUACUGGACGAAAAGUCAUUGAGGGAAUAUAUCAAAGCCACGCCAUCUUUGGCUUCGAAGCUGGGGACUCAUGAACUUGAUAACUUGGACAUCAAAGAAGUUGGGGAUGGCAAUCUCAAUUUCGUCUACAUCAUCAUCUCUCCAUCUGGUUCGCUUGUCAUUAAACAGGCUGUGCCUUAUAUCGUUUAA